CACUUUUCAAAGUUGGUAAGACACGACCACCUUCUCUUCUUUUAGCUUCUGUAUCACACAGUAGAGAGAGAUAGAGAUAAAGAGGCCUAAAGAAGCAUGCAAGCCUUGAACCAUGGCAUAUUCUUCACUCUCCCUCUUCUUCCAACUUCUCUUCUAGUCUCCAACCCAACUCUUCUUUCUCCCUGUUGUUCUGAUAUCCAUGGCGGUCUCCGAUGUCGACUCAGUGUUGAAGUUCUUAAGGAGAAACGGGUUUUCAGAGGCCGAGUCCGCUCUCAAAGAGGAUAUCGUCGAAAAGGGCGAUCUGGGUUCCUCUGAUUAUGAGAAGUUUUUGUUUCCUAUGGUGCCACCUCCGCCGCCUGUUAGAAUUCCGGCGACACACCGGCGAUCUGAUGCUUCUCGUGGAGAUGGCUGCUCGAGAUCGAGCUCUGUUUCUUCGGACGAUGAAUUUGUGAGCUUGGGUUCUUCUACUUCGGAUAUUUGUUCUUCAGAAUUCACUAAUCCGUAUGGGAUCCGAUCAGCGAGCCCGGAGAAUUCGAAAUCCUCAUCCGAUGAUGAAUUAUCUCAAUUUGGCACAGCACGAGAUUACCAUGAUUUUGAUAUGCAAAAUGAUCUGUUUUGGUAUAACGAGAAAGAUGAUGGCAACUUCAUGACUCCCUCUUUCGAAGGCCCGGACUUCUUUGGUUGUCCUAGUGAGGAUAAGUUCAUAAUGACUUCAGACAUGGAUAGGCAGUGGGAGAACCCAUUGGAUCUGAAUAAUCAUUCUAAAGAAUUUCUAUCAGAUAUAAGUUUAUGCCAUUCUAGUAUUGCUACAACUAAAAAUGAAAGUGAGGAAGUUCUUAUAGAUUGUUAUCAUUUAAACGAAAGUAAAAAGCAUGAAGCGGGCAUCGAGGGAGAUACUAAUGUUUGUGAAAAUCAUGAUUGUGACCUACCCUUUUGCAAUAGAGAUAUAAAAGGCAGAGAGUUUUAUGGUGAAAUUCCUACAAAGAAUGUGUAUCUAAGUACAGAACAAGCUGCUGAGGAUAGUUUUGAUGUGAAGGUUUUUGAGAAUAUUACUCAACCGGAUAUUGACUAUGCUCGAUGUAAGGCAACCGAAAUGAGUAUUGACUACGCUGCUAAAAUGGAAUCCACUAAUUUUUCGGCUGAAGAUUUUGAUGGUGAUCCUGAUUUACAUGUCAAAGUUGCAAAUAAAGAUUUCAUGUUCAAUGGAAUUAACAAGUACGAAGUGGGGAAUUUUGAAAUGGAUGAGGAGGAUAAUGAGCUUAAAGCUGCAACGAGCUGUGAGGAUGUUGCUGCUGAUGAGAUUUUGAUGUGCAACACCAAUGAGGAUGAAUAUGAAGUAUUUGACCUUAGAAUCAUACACAGAAAGAACAGGACCGGAUUUGAAGAAAACAAGGAACUGCCUAUUGUGCUAAAUGCCGUUAUUGCUGGCAGAUAUUAUGUAACUGAAUACCUUGGUUCGGCUGCUUUCAGCAGAGUUGUCCAAGCACAUGACCUUCAUACAGGUGUUGAUGUUUGCUUGAAGAUCAUUAAAAACGACAAAGAUUUUUUUGAUCAGAGUUUAGAUGAAAUUAAACUUCUGAAGUUUGUCAACAAGAAUGACCCUGCUGAUGAACGCCAUAUCUUACGACUUUAUGACUACUUCUACCAUCAAGAGCAUCUCUUCAUCGUUUGUGAACUUCUUCGAGCAAACUUGUAUGAGUUUCAGAAAUUCAAUCAAGAAUCUGGUGAAGAGGCUUACUUUACAUCACGAAGAUUGCAGGCCAUAACCCGGCAAUGUUUAGAGGCUUUAGAUUUCUUGCAUGAUUUGGGAAUAAUUCACUGUGAUCUAAAACCUGAGAAUAUUCUUAUCAAGAGUUACAAGAGAUGUGAAAUAAAGGUCAUUGAUCUUGGAAGUAGUUGCUUCCAGACAGACAAUUUGUGCCUGUAUGUACAAUCUCGCUCCUACAGAGCUCCUGAAGUAAUCCUGGGCCUUCCUUACAAUAACAAGAUUGACUUGUGGUCCCUCGGCUGUAUCUUGGCUGAGCUAUGUUCCGGGGAAGUACUGUUUCCAAACGAUGGAGUUGUCAUGAUCCUUGCACGCAUGAUUGGGAUGCUUGGUCCUAUCGAUCUAGAAAUGUUGGAGAUGGGGCGAGAAUCGAACAAGUACUUCUCAGAAGAAUUUGAUCUCUAUUACAUAAACGAGGAGACAGACCAAUUAGAGUACAUAAUUCCUGAGGAGUCCUCCUUGGAGCAUCACCUUCGAGUAACCGAUUCUGGGCUAAUGGACUUCAUCAGAAGCUUACUAGAAAUUAAUCCAGAGAGGCGUCCAACAGCAAAAGAGGCACUCCAACAUCCAUGGCUUUCCCACAUAUACCUGCCCAGUUCAUGUUGAUUUUUCAAAUAAUGGGUCUGGUUGAUGUGCUGAUUUAUCUCAUCCCGGGCCUAGUUGAUUCUUAUUCACAUUGGAGUCCGUACUAGAAAUAAAAGGAGUGCAUAUUUCCACUUGCAAUUUUGGUCUUGUAUACAGUUUUUCAUUCUAAGUUGGUCUUCUUUUCAUAUUCAAUAAAAUGUUUUUUUUUUUCCUGUACAAAAUUUGCAUCAUCGAAUUCAAUUAAGUUCAUACGCUUUAUAAACACUGACCAAUAAAAAAGUAAUACCAAAUUGGGGUUUUUUAUUA